UCGGAGGAGGAGGAGUCGGAGUUGUCGCAGUCGGAGAACGACGACGCCACGUGGGUGAGCUGGUUCUGCUCGCUCAAGGGCAACGAGUUCUUCGUCGAGGUUGACGAGGACUUUAUCCAGGACGACUUCAACCUCACCGGCCUCUCGACCCAGGUGCCCUUUUACGAGCACGCACUCGACCUCAUCCUCGACGUCGACGCGCCGCGCGACGCCGGCCUCUCCGAGGAGCAGCAGGACUCGAUCGAGGCGGCGGCGGAGCUGCUGUACGGGCUGAUCCACGCGCGGUACAUCAUCACGCCGCGCGGCCUCGCGGGCAUGCUCGACAAGUUCAAGCACAUCCACUUUGGGCGCUGCCCGCGAGUGUUCUGCCAGGGGCAGGCGGUGCUGCCGGUCGGCCAGAGCGACAUUCCCCGCACGCACACGUGCAAGACCUUCUGCCCAAAGUGCUCCGACAUCCACUACCCGCGCUCCUCGAGGCACGCCAACAUCGACGGUGCCUACUUUGGGACCACCUUCUGCCAUCUCUUCCUCCAAACCUACUGGGACCUGGUGCCGCCGCCGCCGCGCGAGCAGUACGUGCCCCGCAUCUUCGGCUUCCGGAUCUACAAG